UGUGACCUCCAGGUUUUCGACGCCGGGGAGAUGUUUGGGAUAAUGCAGGUGGAGGAAGUGGAGGAGAGUGAGGAUGAGGCCACGCGGGAAGCGCUCAAGAAGAAGCCCAACCCUGGCAGCGAGCUCUGCUACAAGGUCAUCGUGACCAGCGAGGACGGGCUCCAGGCCACGGACCCCAACAGCAUCUUCCUCAUCGACCACGCCUGGACGUGCCGCGUGGAGCACGCCCGCCAGCAGCUGCACCAGGUGCCUGGGCUGCUGCACCGCAUGGCCAACCUGAUGGGCAUCGAGUUCCACGGCGAGCUGCCCAGCGCCGAGGCCGUGGACCAGGUGCUGGAGGAGAUGUGGAAGUUCAACCAGACCUACCAGCUGUCCCAUGGGACGGCCGAGGACAAGGUGCCCGUGUGGUACAUCAUGGACGAGUUCGGCUCUCGCAUCCAGCACUCGGAUGUGCCCAGCUUUGCCACCGCUCCUUUCUUCUACAUGCCACAGCAGGUGGCCUACACACUGCUGUGGCCCCUGCGGGACCUGGACACGGGUGAGGAGGUGACCCGGGACUUCGCCUAUGGAGAGACAGACCCUCUGAUCCGGAGGUGCAUGCUGCUCCCCUGGGCCCCUGCCAACAUGCUGGACCUCAGCUCCUACACGCCCGAGCCCCCUGACGAGCACUACCAGGCCAUUUUGGAGGAAAACAAGGAGAAGCUGCCACUGGCCAUCAAUCCGGCGGCGCAUCCCUGCGACCACAUCUUCAAGGUCUACACGGACAUGCAGCAGGUGCUCAGCCACCUCACCCACCCGCGCUUCACCUUCACCCAGAGCGAGGCUGACGCCGACAUCCUCUACAACUUCUCACACUUCAAGGACUACAGGAGGCUCAGCCAGGAGCGGCCCCACGUGCUGCUGAACCAGUUUCCCUGUGAGAACCUGCUGACGGUGAAGGACUGCCUGGCCUCCAUCGCACGCCGGGCGGGCGGCCCAGAGGGCCCAGCCUGGCUGCCCCGAACCUUCAACCUGCGCACUGAGCUGCCCCAGUUUGUCAGCUACUUCCAGCAGCGGGAGAGACGGGGCGAGGACAACCACUGGAUCUGCAAGCCCUGGAACCUGGCGCGCAGUCUGGACACCCACAUCACCAGGAGCCUCCACAGCGUCAUCCGGCACCGCGAGAGCAGCCCCAAGGUUGUGUGCAAGUACAUUGAGAGUCCUGUCUUGUUCCUCCGAGAAGACGUGGGGAGGGUCAAGUUCGACGUCCGCUACAUCGUGCUGCUGCGGUCAGUGAAGCCCCUGCAGUUGUUCGUGUACGACGUGUUCUGGCUGCGCUUCUCCAACCGGCCCUUCGCCCUCAACGACCUGGACGACUACGAAAAACACUUCACUGUCAUGAACUACGACCCAGAAGUGGUGCUGAAGCAGGUGCACUAUGACGAGUUCAUUCCUGAGUUUGAGAAGCAAUACCCAGAAUUCCCCUGGAAGAGCGUCCAGGCUGAGAUCUUCCAGGCCUUCACCGAGCUGUUCCAGGCGGCCUGUGCUAAGCCACCACCCAUGGGCCUUUGCAACUACCCCUCAUCCCGGGCCGUGUAUGCCAUCGACCUCAUGCUGAAGUGGGACAGCCGUCCAGAUGGGAAGCGAGUGAUGCAGCCACAGAUCCUGGAGGUGAACUUCAACCCGGACUGCGAGCGAGCCUGCAGGUACCAUCCAACCUUCUUCAACGACAUCUUCAGCACCUUGUACCUGGACGAGCCCAGCAACUGCCACGUCACCCGCCUGGUCUAGGCACUCCCUGCCCUCCUGCUCCUGCUGGUGGCGGAGUCCAGCCUCGGUCUCUGAGUGUCUUCUGCAAGGUCCCCUCCUCCUCCCUCUCUCCAGGCACAGGCAGGCCAGGUCCCAGCUCCACACCCUGGGCACAGGGUCCUCCUCCCCUGUCGAUCAGGAGCAUGGCCAGUCACUGUCUGCAGGCUGAGCCAGGCCACUGUCCAGUCUCCUCUCCCCCGCCUGUGCCGUGAUUGCUCUCAGCCCAGGGCUUCAUUGCUGAGAGUUUGGUUCCUGGGCUGCCGUGUUUCCUAGGAUGUUAGUGGAAGAGGGGUCUGGGGAGUAUGACGAGGUGGCCUCAGAAACGAGAUCCCCCAGGAAGGCCUGUGGGAGCCCAAAUGUUAGCAGGGCCCGGCUGGCUGUUGUCCAGAGUCUGCUCAUGCAUCCUGGUCCCCCAGAGUGGGGGUCAGGCUCCCACAUUCCUCCCCAAGGGUCCCAUGUGACAGGCAUCCCCGGAACACUUUGGGGAACCUGUUUGCCAGACCCAACCUUCUCACCUCAGCUCCCCCGGAACCGUCACCAGCAAACCUGUGACUCCAGGGCAGGAAGGCCACCGCCUUCUGUUGCCGGUGCCUUGCCGUCUAGCGAGGGCCAGCCUGUCCUCUGGUCCCUGUGGUCCCAGCAGCCUCUCUAGCACUACAGGGGUUCUACCCUCAUCUUGGGUUGAGAAGUGCUUUGGUGAGGGACCUGGGGCGAGGGGACCCGCAUGGGCAUUAGAGCACCUGGCAGUGGGCAGCUUUGAAAGACAAUCCCACUGAGAACUUCAUGAUAGCCAAAUGCCAUCUUCCACGAAGUCUAGGGUCAAAACGUUGGAUUAUUGUUACUCUUUCAUUUAUGGGAAGAAAAUAUAAAAUUCUUGUUGUUAAUGUCGUUUCUGAAAUUUGGAGCCAGACGCCAGCAAUUUGUGUAGCCGCAGUGUGCCCAGGCCCAGCUCGCAGGGCGGCAGGCGGGGAGGGGGAGCUGCCUGCUGAGCUUUGUUGUGUGUCUGUGUGUGUGUAUGUUGAGGGUCGGGGGUGCUUGUUUCAUUCUGAAGCCAAGAGCAAUCCUUGUAGCAAAACUGGACCAGACUGUGCCUCCCGUCUGUGGGUGUCUGUCAGUCCUCUCCGGUGACAGGAGCCUCAGCCCUUCCCUCCAGCCAGGUGGAGGUGCAGUGGGUAGGACACCCCGUCUCUGGUUUCCCCUGGGGAAGAGCUGCUGGCGUCCCGUCCUCUUGACUGGAUGUGUACCACAAUAAAGUGUUCCUUCUGUA